CGUCAGAUUGCUGCCUUGCUGCAAUGUCUUCAACCUCCGCCAGACGAGAUGCUACCCAAUCACUCACGCUUGGCUGGCUGGUUCUCACCUUGAGGUUACCGCUUUCAGACGAGUCGUCCUAGAGCGCGAUCGCGUGCAUGAUUGCAAAUGCCAACGGAUGCGCAUUAACCCCUUUCAAAGACCGCAUGCUACCAACAUCGAACGUCCGCGACCACAGCCUUGAUUUUCUGGUUUUCUACACCGCACAGAAUGAUUAUCCAGAUGGUCCCAAGGAUGAUCCCACGCACGGAAGACAAGAACUCCGUCCGUGGCCUGCCUCCCACAAGGACUGCAACCCACCGGGGCAACUGCGUCAUUUACUCACGCACCGAGGCAUGGUAGCAGUUCUUCUCUCCGUAUGGCAACCUCUACCGUUCUCGGGACUCUCUUCUCGAGGGUCUUGCAACGCCGAUAUGAAGGGCCCUCUGAAUGCUGCGCUGCAUCCUCCUUGUACGUCAGUGCGAUCUGAUUCCGGCCGUGCAGGUCCGCGCGUUCGGAUACGCUCUAUUUGCAAGGCAGCAACCCGUGCAUCGCCUCGAAAGGCAGGCUCAAAAACCGGCGCUGAUUACGCCACACGCCGCAGCUUCUGUGGACGAGCGCACCUGCCAUCCCUGGCGCGAAGCUGGCGCAUGGGCACCGUGGGUAGUGGCGAAGUACCGCGAUUCGGAGCACAGUGCAAGGGUCAAUGUAUUAGGUUCCGUCAAAGAACGCUGUUCCCGCUUAUCGACAUCAGGCUUCGCGAGCACGGGUCAGUGGUGGCGGAGGAUUGCUCCUCUGAGGUGUGGCAGAUCGCUGGAGGAACGAUGGGAUGUCUUGUACGACCCAAUCAGUCGGAUCCGCUUCGGAAGGCUGUCUUCGCAGGAUGCCGGACCCCGCCUGCCUGGACGGGCCCAUCAUUGUGCGAACGCGGUGUGCACGCCCGAGCACGGCUGUUGCAGAUCGAGUCAGGCCAACGCUGCGGGUGCGUUCGCCUUGCUUGGAUAACCGAGGAAAUCGGGAUCAGAACGUAGAGGAAAUGAACGAGAAAUGAAAUGUUUGAGCAUUGGGUG